CUUUCUUCAAUAAUGUAAGGACCAUAAUCAAACGAUUAGUACAUUUCUCUGGAUAUCGCUGCUUAAUAAUCAGUAGGAUCGGAACAGAUACCAAAAAGUGAAAGUAGAACAAAUCAAGGAGUAAUUAUAAAGAUUAUAUAGAAUACUAAUACCCAAAAGCAUCCUCUGAGAAAUACAAAUUUUGACAAUACAUAGACAAGAGCUGACUUUAUCCUAAAGGUUUACACCUUCCUUACGAUGGAACUAGCGUUUACUUUUCUGAUGGUGAUCUUAGGACUAUAUACAAAUAUGCAGUAUUGGUUAGUGACAACUGGACAGGAGGAGAGCUGCUACUGUGCUUUUGGCAGUUUCUCAUAGUGUGGUUGCACAUACAUCAGUCGUUACAAUUCGACAUGGCUGUUUUGGGUUUCCAUAGUUUUUUCUUUGAUACUUCACAUCAUUCUAUUCUGCGGAAAUCAAAGGGUUAGAUAGGUAUGAUGUUAGUUUUGAGAUUUAGAAACCUUUGAACUUCAUUAUCUUAGGACUUUAUAUUCUAUUCUUUGGAUUUUUGGUAACAAAUCUAUGCAUCAUUAUCGCCUAUGAAUUUGGAGUAGGGAUAGUGUGGUAGGCCAUAGGAAUCACCUUCAUCUUCGUUUUGGCUUUGACUGUUUAUUCAUUCAAGACGAAAACCAGUUUUUCAUUUAGUAGUAUAAUGUAUUCCAUAUAAUUUUUAGUUGGCUCACUUUUUCUGUUAGUUCCGACAUUGGUAUUAAUGCUAAUUUUGAUGGGAGUGUAUUCACAGUUUGCUCUUUCAAUAUUUUUGUGCACUCUGCUCGUAGUUGGUUAAGGGUUCUUCUUGAUUUGGGAAACAAAAGUGAUUAUUAGUGAUGGGGUAAGAAAAUUCGUAAAUUCUAGAAACUAAAAUUGUAGAUUGAUGAUUAUGUCAUAGGGUCAUUGCUAUUGUAUGGAUCAAUAAUUCAAUUGCUGUGGAGGAUAAUGAUGUGGAUCAUUGCAAUAAAAGAACGAAAGUGAAUAUAAAUUUAUAUAGUAAUAGAUUUACAAGGGAAGUAACUAGAGAGGUGGUAUUGCAUCGGCUUAAUAAAUGA